AUUGUCGUUACGUCAUGACGUUAAUUCUGCUCGACAGGGAUGUGAAGGGUGUACGUCGCGUAUUAUGGACGGGUGACGUUUUUCUUUUCGAUCCGAUACCAAAUAAUAUCAAGGACCACAGACAGAGGAGAUGAAAAGCAUUUCCUACCAGAGCAGUGUGAGCGUGAACUGAGGGCUUCUCAACAAAACCAGGGCAAGGCUGGCUACACGUAAAGCCCAAGCAGGCGCCCCCCCCCCCCCCGCAGGGCUGGGGCCAGCUGAGGCAUGGACCAGAAACCUGCAGUGCUAAGUGUGGCUGAUGUGAAGGAGGAAGCGCAGGAUGUUCUCGUAUCGGAUGUGGACGGGGCCGGGCACAGCAGCCCUGACAAGAAAGCAGAGAGUAUGGUGUGUCCUGUCUUUAAUGGGGAGGUGAAAGAAGAAACGGUGCUGCAGGACGUGACUGAGGAGAAGCCGGCUGUCCCUCUUCAGGUGGAUGAUACUGAAGGCAGACGGAGGACGAGAAGAGGGAGUCUCAGACCUCCAAACCCAGUACAAGCUCUCGUACCAGGGAGGAGCGUGAACAAGUUCCCCUGUCCUCACUGUCCCUCGUCUUACACGGCACAGACUUACCUCUACAGACACAUUAAGAAAUCCCACCCAGAGAAGUCUGGCCCUGGCGCGUUACUGAAAGUUCACUGGUGCUCCCAUUGUGGGAAGAGCUUCAGUCACUUAACAGACCUAAAGAUGCACCAGCAAAUUCACACAGGCGAAAAGCCCUACCAGUGCUCAGAGUGUGCAAAAAGUUUUAGCCAUCUAGGUGACUUGAAGACACACCAACGAACUCACACUGGGGAAAAACCUUAUCGCUGCUCAGAAUGUGGAAAGAGUUUCAGUCAGUCAGGUAACUUAAGGGCACACCAGCGAACUCACACAGGGGAGAGGCCCUACCAGUGCUCCCAGUGUGACAAAAGCUUCAGUCAUUUAGGAAACCUAAAGAAACACCAGUGGAUUCAUACAGGAGAGAGGCCCUACCAGUGCUCCCAAUGUGGGACCAGCUUCAGUCGUUUAGGAGACCUAAACAAGCACCAGGGAACUCACAAAGGUGAGGAGCCCUACCAGUGCUCCCACUGUGGGAAGAGCUUCAAUCAAGUACGAGUCCUAAAGGUGCACGAGCGAACUCACACUGGGGAGAAGCCAUACCAGUGUUCCCAGUGUGAGAAGAGCUUCAUUCAAGUAGGACUCCUAAAGAUCCACCAGCGGGUUCACACAGGGGAGAGACCCUACCAGUGCUCCCAGUGUGGGACGAGUUUCAGUCAUUUAGGAGCCCUAAAGACACACCAGCGGAUUCACACAGGGGAGAGGCCCUACCAGUGCUCCCAGUGUGGGAAGAGCUUCAGCCAAAUAGGAACCCUAAAGGCGCAUGAGCGGACUCACACUGGGGAAAAGCCAUACCAGUGCUCCCAGUGUGAAAAGAGCUUCAGUCAAGCAGGACGCCUAAAGAUCCACCAGCGGAUUCACACAGGGGAGAGGCCGUACCAGUGCUCCCAGUGUGGGAAGCGUUUCCGUCUCCUUGCUCACCUGAAGGCACACCAGUGGACUCACACAGAAGAGAAACCUUAUCACUGCUCUAAGUGUGGUAAAAGUUUUGGUCGUUUAGAAUAUUUAAAGAUUCAUCAGCAGAUCCACACAGGGGAGAAGGCCAACCGGCACUCCCAGUGUGGGAGGAGCUUAGGACAAUCAGGGGAACUUAAGAGACGCAAGCGGUCUCUCGCAGAAGGGAAGCAGUGACAGUGUAGGGGGUCGGAGGGGCAGAGACAGCGUGCAGUGCUGUUCCAGGCUGCUGGAAGCUCUUCUCUGAAUCGGAGGGUGUUUGCAGGCUGGUUGGGUUAUGCUCAGAGUCCUGCAGGGGUAUCUGAAUGAGAGUAGUCGUGUUUAUUAUUGGGAAGACUGGGGUGUGACAGUAAAGUCCUAGUUACUAAUAAUAACUAGAUCCGCAGUCAAAUGCAGCUCUGGAAAAAAUUUGAGACCAAAAUUUUCGGUUUCACUCAUUUCUCUAUGGGUUUGCGCCUGUGUAAAAUACACAUUCUUUGCAAACUCCAGCCUGGGUCUUCCCUGCUUCUCAUUGAUGAAGGGCUACUUCCUUGCUUUAUGGUUCUUUUGUCCUGCUUCUAGGAGCCUGAUAUGGACUUUUCCUAGCAGUGCACUUCACUUCAUCCUCCGAUUUAUCAGGCACUGCAGGGUAACCUGACGUUCAUCUCUGGCAUUAGAAAGUUGCUUCUACUUGGCUAGCUUUUGGUUAUUGCCAGUGUCUCCUGCUUCACCUUGUUCUUGUGUCCUGCUGUCUUAGAAACCGUGAGCCUGGAAGCAGCCUGCCUCGCAGUGUAGCCUUCUGCUAGCAGAACCAGGAUUAAACUAGGAUUUAAGAACAUGUAUUUGUUUAAAAAUAUAGAGUGGUCUCAAUUUUUUCCAGCGCUGUAUACCGGGGUCUAAGCAACCCUAUAUGGUGUGUAUUGGAUAAAUCACGAAGCAAAAAUAUCUAUCUGGACAAGGUGAAUCGUCCCUUGUAUGUCUGCAUACUAGAGAGAAGUCAGACAGCCAACUGCAGGCCUGUGUGCAUAACAAGUGGCACAUGUUAUAUGUUUGUCCUAUGAGGUCUUGUCUUUAGCUUAAGGUAAGGGUAUUCCCCAGCUUAUGAAUGAGAUUCAUUCCCUAAGUCAGUCUUUAAGUCAAAUUUAUUGGUAAAUCGGAACAAUAACAAUGCAGCACAUAAAAUAAAAAUGAUCUGCAGAAGAAGCCACAGGAGGAGGGGACACACCGGUAUUAAUUCGAGAUGGACCAGCUGAAAGUGGCCAGAGUUAAAUCUCUCACUGUGAACUAGUGUUGUUACAGUUUUUUAAAUGUAUUCAUUAUUUAGGUUUUUAUUUUGUAUUACUUUCAGGUUUCAUUUAAGACACAUUUUAGGUAUUGUCAUUUUUCAGUGUGGUUUUGUUUUUUUUAAUUAUUAGUUUGGAAGUAUCGUCGUUUCAGUUAAAACCUGAGUAAAUUUAGUUAUGAGAGCUAUUUAUGUCUGAUCUUUACAAUAUCCUGAUAACUGCAGUUUCUGUUAUGUUAUAUGCAGUCUGUUUCUUUAUAAUUUCUUUCUUUUAUGGAUGGACUACCUCAGUGUGUUUUACUUUACUUUCUUUUGUAUAUUGUUACAGCUGUAUUUUAUUCAUCUCAUUGGUUUGUAUCGGCUUUGGAAGUCCCCGGCCUAAUUCUGUUGUGUGUAUUACAAUGACAUUGAAUCCUUCGAGUUUUAAAUCUUUAAAUAUUGGAAUGUACCAUGUUGAAGCAGUAAUGCAUAAAUCAGGUAUGCUAUAGUUCAUAUUGAAACAAAGUUGUAUAUCAUUUGUUGUCAGUCAUCAGUAGUGAUCACUUAUUCUUCCCUGCCUUUAAGUAAGGACACAAAUCUGGACACAGUCUGUUUCCUUACUGACUGGUGAGUGGUUUAAGAAAAUAUAGCUUCCUCUCUCCACAGAACUGCCCAGUGCCGCUCUGGUUUACUAACUAGCUUAGAAAGAGCACAAACAGAUUGUAAUAUUUACAGUUGUGUUAUCCAUUGUUGCUACCUAUUACAGUCAUUCUUAAUUUUAUUUGUCAUUUUAUUCAAUAUUUUUUAUUCACUUUAUAAAAUACUGUCCCUGUUUGCUAAG